GGCGGUAUCAGUGGUCUAUGCCUUGCCGUCGCACUUUCAAGACAGCCAAAGAUCCAGGUAGACCUGUAUGAAGCUGCAGAUCGCUUCAAAGAGAUCGGGGCCGGAGUCAUGAUCUGGUCAAAGACGUGGAAGGUACUUGAACUACUUGGAUUAGCAAAUGAAUUCGCAGAAGUAGCCCAUGCUCCACCGGAUGGUUCUCUUGGCGUCGCCUUCGAUUUCAGAAGGUCUGAUAACCCCGAAGAAGGUUUUCGCUUUCAUCUUGCCGAAAUGCCCUAUGGUUGCAUUCGUUUCCAUCGAGCACAUUUUCUAGAUGUAUUUGUUGAACAUAUACCCGAGGGCGUAGCGCAUUUUGGCAAAAGACUGACGUCUUUCACUCGCGGUAGCUCACAGGAGCCCCUGACUCUCCAGUUUGCAGAUGGCUCUAACGCCUCCUGCGAUCUUCUUGUCGGCUGCGAUGGCAUCAAAUCUCUAGUUCGAGCGCAAUUAUUCAAAGAACUCGCCAUCCAAGAAAGUCGAUCAGACUUUCUCGGUUUUAUCGAGCCUGUGUGGAGCGGCACAAUAGCUUACAGGGGGUUGAUACCGGUUCAUCGCCUAUCCGAGCACAAUGGUGAUGAGAAACACAGAACGAUCGAUAGUCCGAUGAUGUACUGUGGAAAUAGCAAACAUGUCGUCAGUUAUUCAAUAUCAAAAGGGGACAUAGUAAACGUUGUUGCCUUUUCGUCUCAACCUGACAAGGACGGUACUCAUUACGAUGGUCCCUGGGUGACGGACUGCACGCAGGAGGAGUUUCUUCAGUGUUAUGCUGGUUGGGAACCUGAAGUAGAAACCAUGCUCAAAUGCAUCGAAAAACCAUCACGAUGGGCAAUACAUCACCUCGAGCCUCUUCCCUUCUACGUGAAGGAUAACAUAGCCUUGAUCGGAGAUGCUGCUCAUGCCAUGACUCCUCACUUAGGUGCUGGGGCUGGUCAGGCUAUCGAGGACGCUUUCCUUCUCGCUUCUCUCCUGGGACAUCCAUCUGUCCAACGCCUCAAUAUGUCCUCUGCUCUCAAAGCUUACGAAAAUAUCAGGUUACCUUUAGCCACCCGCGUCCAACUUGGCUCUUCGGAAGCGGGUCGCAAGUAUGAGUUUGAUAGCAAGCUGGGUGCUAACUAUGCAAAAUUAAUUCCAGAAAUCGAUGGUCAGUGGGAUUGGGUAUGGGAAACAUCCCCAGAGGAAGAUGUUGAGCAAGCGUUGGCGCUGAUGUCGCAGUAUCAGCAUGCCCCAUAGUGGGUACAACUUAGUAGAAUUGACAAAUUAAGAGAAAAGAACA